CAGGGUGGAGGCGCAGCCCCGCCGAACGGUGGCACGGCGCGCUUCUCCAUGACAAUCAGAAGAAAUUCAAUGCAUUGGUUAUGAAGUGGAAAAUCAAAACAAACAGAAAACGCGUAGGGAGGGGUGGGCUUGGCCCACGUCUUUUUCACUUCCCCUCAUAUUUUUACAAUGUUUAUGUGUUUCGAGCAGUUUGCGGGUUCCCAAGUCUAGCUGACACACUUAGCGCUCUUGCCCAUUCACGCUAGUGCGCUGAGUCAAGUGGCCAAAUCAGUGCUCUGAUUUCCUGUGAAAUUGGCCCAGUUACGCUUGUAGUUAGACUUGCGUUUGCAUUUGAUUUGCAACGUUUCAGUCGAGGAAACAGGGCAGGGGCGGCGGUGUAGCACACGCGGUUUCACACUCCUAAACCCGGAGGCCAGCAUGUCCUUGACCGACACCAUACGGCUGUGGGAUGAAGCGAUCACGGCAGCGGACAAGCGAGAAUGGAUAACGGCGCUGGAUACUCUCGCUGCAAUUCGGGAGCCCAGCUCCAAAAUCUGCUUCAACAUCGGCUCCCUGCACCUCUUACUGGGCCAGUUGAACGACGCCGAGAAGGCAUUUGAUCAGAGUAUCUGCAGGGAUGAGCAUUUGGCAGUGGCUUUCUUUCAGCGAGGGAUAACUUUGUACAAACAUGAAAAAUAUGAAGAGGCCUCUAGGGACUUUACAGAAGCUUUUAAUCUACUGAGAGGCAACCAGUUAAUUGACUACAAGCAGUUGGGCCUAAGGUACAAGCUGGGCGCUUGUCAAGUGCUUCACAAUUUAGCGCUGGCACAUGUUAUGUUACAGGAAUGGGACAAAGCUGAAAAGGUUAUGAAGAAAGCCUUAACUUUUAAAACUGAAGCCAAGAGCAAUUUUGUGGACCAGGCUCUGGAAGCUGUUUGGAAACGUGAGCCGUUUGACCUCCUGCCAUUCCCAGAAGGGGAGUUCUUCAGACCGAAGAAAAAAGUGGUAGCUCAGCUGGAAAAGCAGGACUUCCUGGGAGAGGCCAAGGUGGUUGCAUCAAUCAUCGACAAAGAUGAAUUCUCCGGUUUCGCUCCCUUGCAGCCUCUGGCACCAGAACCUGUUCCUCAAAAGAAAGUACCAGAAAAAUUCAAAACACUGGAGGGGAAACCUUACCGUGUGUUAUUUAACUUCAUCCCUAAUAAUGAAAGGGAGCUGGAAUUGCAGUCGGGAAAUAUCGUCUUCCUGCAGGAGCAAGGUCAGGACAACUGGGCCACAGUCAUGUUCAACAACAAGACUGGGUUAGUUCCCUACAACUAUUUGGAACCACUGGAGCCAGUGAAGGCAGAAAGAUCACCCUCUCCUGAUAUCCCUGCACCACCCAACUCAACAGCUCCUGACAGACCGUCUGGUAUGAAAGAUGAAAAUUUACCCAGCAUGCCCAGCCCACAGGUGAUAGAACCUUCAAAGAAGAUUCAGCGCAAGAAUCACACCAUGCCAAAAGCAUGUAUAGUCAAAAUACACUUCAACUAUACGGUGGCCCUAUGUGCAAAACCAGGGUUGUUGCUCAGUGAGUUGCUGGCUGUCAUCGGUCGGAAGUUCAAUAUAUACGAAAAGAUCAUUGAGCUGAGUUACAAAUCACAAGCGGAGGGUAAGCUUAUUCCCAUUACCAGUGAAAGCAAAAUGAAGCAAGUGUGGAGUGAAGUCAGAAAUCUCCGUUUGGUCGUUUGGUGCAAGUUUCUGGAGGUGGUAGCAUUGUAUGACUAUAAGGUCUCAUCUCCUGUUGAUCUGAAUUUUCAAGAAGGGGAUGUCAUCCAAGUCUUAGCACAAGUGAACAACAACUGGUUGGAAGGACAAUGUAAAGGAAACACUGGAAUUUUCCCAGUAACCUUCAUCAAAUAAUUAAGCUUGGCUACACUUGAGAAUCCAUGAAUCUAGCAUGCAAGCAAUUGAUUUUAAGCUCCUUGAAUUUGCACUUCCUUGCUCAAAAAAAUGGAAAUAAGUUUCUCCUUUUGUGAGUGCUAAGUAUCGGUAGUUUCUCUAAAUUACGCUGAUCUUUUAGCAAUCCCUCAGGAUUGAAAAUGAUACACUUUUCCUCCAGUUCUGGAGGCAACAAAGUGCCUGAUCUGAACCAAGGACCCUGCCAAAGGUGAGAUUAUUGGAGCUAUUUUGGAUAGUCGGGUACAACUCUGCCAUUUUCAUUGGCCUUUCACGUGCUUCUGAACACACAACUUGUCAGCGUUAUCCCAAACCCCUUCAUUUUUCAGCCAUUUCUUGUUUUGCACAUGUGAAUGAUGCGGCCCAACACUUGGAGAUGGCUGAGUGUAAUUAGAACCUCAGUGCUGAUGGAAAAGGACAUCAACUUUAGUUCACUCGCACCCCAGUAAGUAUGGACAAUUUUGCAACAGUACCUCUCAAGUUCUUUGAGAGCCCUGUUGCAGAUUGUCUCUACAUUGAUAUCAUCAGAAUCAUCACAGACAUAGGCUCUAUGACUAACAAUACCCGUCUACUCCUAUUUAUCAACAUUUGAUCCACAGCCUCUAUACCCUGGUAAUUCAAGAAUUCAUCUGAAUACAGCUAAAAUGUACCAAUACUUGCCACUGUGACCAACUCAGCCAAUGUGUUCUGUAUUCCAAUGACCUUCUGGUGAAAAAGUUGGACCUGUUUUGGCUUUUCUCUCUUAAAGUGCCUGUACAAGUAUGGUGGUAAAAGCGAUAUAUGGCAUAGUAAGGAAGUGACAAUUUGAUUUAAUUUGGCAUCAUUUUCAGCACAGGUGUGGUGUGCCAAAGGGCCUUUUUCUGUGCUGUACUGUAUGUUCAGUAUCCUACCCGUUACAAUAAAGCCUCAUUUUAGAUACUACUGAAAUACGUUUACCCAGUCUGUG